AUGUCGGAACCUCUCUCCAAGGUGGACUCCGCUGUCCAGGGUCUGAAUGAAGCACCACCCAAGAAGACGAGAAUGAGCUCGAGUGCACCAGGUGUCAUGAACAUUGACGACCUUCGGGAUAGCGAAACAGUAAUCCACGUAGCCAUUGAGACACAGAAGACUGGGUGGAAGAUCAACUCGUCUUCUACAUCAGUAGAGGAUAAGGAGAUUCUCAAGAAGAUGCUGACGACCCCUCCGGUCAAGAAGAUUGAGAUUGAGUUUCCCCUCGGCAUGACCGUGGUAGCACGGAAUCUCAAGGGCGUCACCAUCAAGGACGCAUUAGAUGCCAUGCACAAGCCGAACAAGAAGAGAGCGGAUGACGAGCUUGACAAGCCCUACCUGGAGGGCUUCGAAUGGAACGGACUUCGCGACGGCAACACGGAAGAGGAGAAGAAGCACGAGUGGACACGUCUGCACGUACGCCUCCAAUCCACACCAGGUAUCGCACAAGGCGGUGGCAAGAAGAAGAAGAACAAGGGCGGCGAUGACGCAUAG